AUGCCUACAGGCCCGGGAGGGGAGCGACGGGAGGAGGCGGUCUUAGGACACAUCUGCAUCGCUACCAACCGCUCCACCGGGGGGAUCGCCGUAUACCCCCUAGCGGCACCCCCGUCGAGGGUGAUGAGGGAGGAGGAACCAGCAGUUACAACAGAGAGGCAAGAUGAUCUAAGGAUUGUGCUGGUGGGUAAAAGUGGAGUUGGGAAGAGUGCAACAGGAAACACCAUCUUAGGAAGAAAAUCUCAUGAGUCAAUUACUAAAGAGACUCAAAAAGAAACGUUACACAGUCAUGUUACUGUGAUCGACACUCCAGGACUGUUUGAUACUGAACUUACUAAUAAGGAGAUCCAGAAAGAAAUCACCAACUGCAUCUCCGUCUUACUUCCUGGACCACAUGUGUUUCUCUUACUGAUACCACUGGGGCAAUUCACUCCAGAAGAAGCAAAAUCAGUGAAGAUCAUCCAAGAGACAUUUGGUGAAAAUUAUUUAAUGUACACCAUUUAAAAUUAUUACACCAUGGUGCUCUUCACCAGAGGAGAUGGUCUGAAGAACAAAACCAUUGAACAGUAUUUGGGAAAACCUGGAUCUCCUUUGAUGAAUCUAAUUGAAGCAUGUGGAAAAAGAUACCAUGUGUUCAAUAAUAAUAAGACUGAAGACCGAACACAGGUUUCUGAUCUGCUGGAGAAGAAAGACGCCAUGGUGAAAGCAAAUGGUGGGAGUUUCUACUCAUGUAAGAUGUUCAGACAGAUGGAAAGAGAAAAACAAGAAAAAAUGAAGUUCCUCAUGGAGAGAGUGAAGCAUCUGAAAAGAGAAAAAAAAGAACUGAUGAAGAAACAUGAAAAAGAGAAAGAAAGAAUGCAGAUGAUGAUGGAGGAACAACAGAAUCAAGACAAAGAGAGAAAGAGAAGAGAAGAUGAAGAUAAGAAGAGGUGGGAGAGAGAGAAACAGAUCUCUGAGGAACAGUAUCAGAGACUCAAGAAUGAAAUGGAGGAAGUGAUCAGAGAGAAAAUAAGAAUAGAACGAGAGAGACUAGAACAACUAGAGGAAUUUGAGAAGAGACUGAAAGAAGAAAGAAACAUGAGAGAAGAUCAACAAAAGACAUUUGAAGAAAAAUUGCAACUACUUGAAGAACAGCAUGAAGAGAAACUUAAGAGAAGACAGUUGGAGAUGAAAGAGGAUUGGGAACAAGAGAAAAAGGAGAAGAUCUGCACUGAAACCAAUGAUUCACUACAGAGAAAACACAGACAUAGACACAGCACGAAAAAAAUAGAGCAACUAUUUAACAGACUUCAUCUCGACAAGAACAAAAAUAAGCUGAAAACUCUAGAAGUUCUUCAGUUAACUGCUCAUUCAUUAAAGUCCUAUAAGUCUUGUGCUGAGGAGAAGCUGGUUUGGAGUUUCAUACAAAAACUACUGAUGAUGAACUACAGAGCAAAAUACACUAAUGUUAAAGAUACCAAUGAACAGCAUGACACACAACAAAGAGACAGUGAAUCAUCUGAAUACAACAGUGAUGAUUUGAAAGAAAUGUCCACGUCUAAUGAAGAAACAGGCCAAUCUGAGCGAAGCCACCCGAUGGAUGUUCAGAUGGCCGUGUUUUAUUGUGCUGAUGGUUUUCUGAAACAGCUGAUGGUCACUAAACUGUCCCAGUGUCAGUACGCUCUGCCUCUGCUUGUUCCUGAUCCAUUCACUCAACAGAUUGAGUUUCCUUUCUGGACAUUCAGACAAAUCAACAAGAGCUGGAAGAUGAACAACACCAACAAUGAAAUCAUCAGUCACACCGAGCCGAUCUACAAGGCAGAAACUCCAAUGGUGUUUUUCUUUAGGUUUGGCGCUGUGUCUUCAUCCAAGUCUCAGCUGAUGAACAGUCUGAUAAAUGAGAAACACAACACGUUCUUCCACAGGAACUGCCCAGGCAGCAGCACAUCCAGAGUCCUGAUGGAUGGAGUGGUGGAGAUCGCCUGGUUCUGCCCAUCUGGAACAAAUUAUGAUACAUUCACUGACUGUGUAGCGUUCUGUAAUCUACAUGGUGAUGCAGGAGACCAUGAAAAACAGCUGCAGAUCCUCACUGAAAUGGCCUCAGUCAAUGUUGUUCUUCUACCACAACUUGACAGGAACAAAAGUAUUAAAAUGAUUCAAAACCUGUACACAAACAAAAAACCACUCAUUUGUCUUCUUACUGAGGAUGAAUCUACUGUAACAGAGAUGAAUAAAACAAAAUUCGAAAUCGGUCUCAAGGAAAGAAGUCAUUCAGAUGCAUCUGAAGAACUCAGAAGAGCUAUAAAUGAUUGUCUCCCAGAAACAUCUUUCACUUUCAGACUUGAAGAUGUGUCCAAACACUCAGAUAUCAGAGUAGAUGAGGAAGAUGAUGAUGACAGCAGCAGAGGAAGAGAAGCAGCACAGCAGAUGAUGAGUUUACUGGAGAAGAAAGAUCUGAGAGAAAUCAAAGAAUCAUUUCUGCCUCAUCAGGGGAAACUGUGGCAUCAGUGGUGUCAGAAGAACAAAGAACUACAUCGACCUCGAGCAGAUGAGACAGAGAUGGACAUAAGCAGAAAACAAGCCAACCUCAAGAGACUGCGUGAGCAGCAGCAUGCAUUUAACAUAUGUACUUUUAUACAGUUCUUUAUUAAAGAAAUUCACUUGCUUGCUGAGAAUAAGAUCUAUUUUCUAAAAUGGCUCGAGAUCUUCCUGGAUGAAUAUAUUUCAAUGGAUAUUUCUGUUCUUCAUCAGAAGUAUGAUGAAAAGUGGUCAGCAGUUGUAAAACUGAAAGAGAAUAAUUAUAAACCUGAACAACUCAAAACUGAACAAGAAGAAUUUGAGAGAAUAUAUGAGGAAAUCCAAACUGUGGGCUUUGGUUUGGAGCACAUCAUGAGGGAGAUCGGUCAGAUCUAUGAAUCAUGUUCAUCUGUGAAGAAGAACAAGAAAGACCUGCAGGUUCACUUCUCUUCUCUCCCGAGUCUUGCAGCAGAGAUGAUGGUCUCUGGAUUUCCACUGGAGUUGAUGGAUGGAGAUGCUGCUCAUGUUCCUGUGAUCUGGAUCUCUGCUGUUCUAGAUCAACUCAUCCAGAAGCUGGGAGACCAGAGAGCCUUUGUGCUGUCAGUUUUAGGGACUCAGAGCUCUGGGAAAUCCACAAUGCUGAAUGCCAUGUUUGGACUCCAGUUUGCCGUCAGCGCCAGCAGGUGCACCAGAGGAGCUUUCAUGCAGCUGGUCAGAUUGUCAGACGAGAUGAAAACACAGAUGAACUUUGACUAUAUUCUGAUUGUUGAUACUGAGGGCCUUGGAGCUCUAGAUCUGUCUGGAAGAUCAACAAGAGAUCAUGACAAUGAAUUGGCCACAUUUGUUGUUGGUCUUGCAAAUCAAACCUUGAUUAGUAUAUUUGGAGAAAACCCAUCUGGGAUGCAGGACAUUCUUCAGAUUGUUGUUCAGGCUUUCAUGAGGAUGAAGAAGGUCAGACUGAAUCCCAACUGUGUGUUUGUGCAUCAGAAAAUUUCAGACGUCACAGCUAGAGAGAAAAACAUGGAGGGAAGGAGAAGGCUGCUGGAGACACUGAAUGAGAUGACAAAACUUGCUGCUAAAGAUGAAGGCUAUGAUGCUGAAUGUUUCAGUGACGUCAUUAGAUUUGAUGUUCAGAAUGAUGUGAAAUAUUUUGCUCAGCUCUGGGAGGGCAGCCCACCAAUGGCAACACCGAACCCAAACUACUGUGAGAACAUUCAAGAACUAAAGGAAACUAUUGAGACUUGUGCAUCAAAAUCACAUGGAAUGACGCUGACACACUUAAAAGAUCGUAUUAAAGAUCUUUGGGACGCUUUACUUAAGGAACAAUUCAUCAUAAACUUCAGAAAAUCUCUGGAGAUUUCAGCCUACAGGAAACUGGAGACCGAAUACAGCAAAUGGUCCUGGAGUCUUCGCAGUGCCAUGAUGGAAACCGAGAACAAACUGCACAACCAAAUAGAAAAUGAAACAAUUCAUGAAGUUAAGGAAACUAAUCUUCAGAGAGAAAUGAAGAAGACAAGUGAAAAAGUGAAAAAAUCAAUGUCUGAUUUUUUUGAGAAAGACACUAAUGCUGAUAUACUGAUUCAAUGGAAAACAUCAUUUGAAAUCAAAAUCAAAGAACUUCAGGAAAACAUUGUGAGAGAAACAGAAACCAAAUUAAAUCAGAUUCUUCAGCAGGAAGACCUGAAGAAAAAGAUUGAUGCUCAGAAGACACACCAUGAAAACACUCUCAUUGAAAAGAGCAAAAAACUUGCCUUAGAAUUCAAAGACAAAACAAUUGAUGCAGAAAUAUUGAAGAAAGAGUUUGAUUUGUUUUGGAAACAGUGUGUGAAGAAGAUAAUCACAGAGAGUCCUCCAAUCAAAGACAUUGACAUAAUGAGAGAUUUAAAACUCCUUCUCAGUGACAUCUAUAAAAGUGUUUCUGUGGACCAACGUAUGGAUAAAAGUGAGAGCAAGGAUGUUUUUUUUGUACCAAGUUAUUCAGAUUAUGUACAGCUAAAGAAAUCCAGUGGAUUUACAGGAUCACGAACAAACAUCCACAGAUCAACUAAGAAGUUUGGUUAUAGUCUAUCAAGAGAGGAUGAAGCGCAAAUAAGAUCAUUAGUCACAGACAUUGCUCAGCAUACAGACUCAAUGAUCAUGUCAUUUAACAUUUCAAAGAUGGGCUACGACAUCAGAUGCAUUCAACAAAUCACAGAUUACAUCAAGAAGAGAGUAACAGAACAUCAGGAAGGACCAGUGAAAUAUGUGUUCAAGAAUGAAUUCUUCAGGGAUUUGGUUCUUUCCAUCUGUAUGAGAGCAAACAAGAUGAUCACUGACCUACACAGACUUUUCAGGGAUGCCAAUGAUCCUGCAAUAUAUGUUAAGAAGAAGAGAGAACAGUAUUAUAGUAUUUUUAAGAAAUACUGUCAUGAAGCAACAUCAGUUACCAUUUUUGGUGGGAUCAUCUGUCAGAAACUUAAAGAGCCAAUUGAGCAGAGUGUCUACAAGAAGACUGCUAGAGAUUUAGCAGAUGAAAUCAGAAUGAACUGUGAAUCACUGAAUGGAAACAGAUCAAAACUGGAGAAAUACAUCCUGAAGACACUGGCAGAAGAGAAUGAUUUUGACAAAUACAUGAACUACAUUCAUAAUCAUAAAGAUCACUUCAAGAGUUUCAUCAGAGAUGAAGUCAGUCGGUACAUCACUGAUAAGUUCAGUGUCAGUGUUUUACCCAAGAUGAAGGAGAACAUUAAACUCCUGCAGCAGAAGAUCAUGAAAACAGCACAUGAAUCUACUGAAUGUGUUCAAGUGGACAAUGGAAAUGUUGGUUUGUGGUUGAAGAGUUUCACACAGCAGCUCUCAGAUGAGCUGAUCUUCUCUGAAAAAGACCUCAGUGGAGUGAAACAUGAUGAUGAUGAUUUCAGCCUCCUACAAGAUGUGAUAAGAGAUACACUUCCUGAUGUAAUGUCUGAGAUCAGCCUCAGAUUCAACACAAAGGCUUUUCCCAAGAAUCUGGACUAUAAGUUCAGACCAGAUGAGCUUCUGAUUGAUCACUUCUGUCAGUGCUGUUGGGUUCAAUGUCCGUUCUGUAAAGCUACCUGCACCAACACCAUAGAAAACCAUGAUGGAGAUCACAGUGUUCCUUUCCAUCGUGUUAUUGGACUAAACGGGAUGCAUUACAAGAAUACAAGAAACUUGUCUACUAGCAUCUGUACAUCAGCGGUAGCAAGCAAUCGAUCUUUUUAUCCCAAUGCCUCAGAUGAUAAUGUCCUCUGGCAAGAAUACAGGACAGCAGGAGGGGAUUAUGCAGACUGGAGUAUCACCUCUGACCUCUCUGAGCUGCCAAACUGGAAGUGGUUUGUGUGCAAAUUCAAGAAAGAUCUGGAAAAAUACUACAAUAAAACAUUUGAGGGGAGGGGUAAGAUACCAGAUGAAUGGAAAAAAUUUUCAAAACAGGAUGCUAUUGAAAGUUUGGAUCAAUAUAUCUGA